AUGAGGCACUUACAGCUGGUGACAAAGGCCCGGUCAGCCGCGGUGAAGCUCCGGGCAGCUGCGGUGGAGGCCCGGGCAGCUGCGGUGGAGGCCCGGGCAGCUGCGGUGGAGGCCCGGGCAGCUGCUGUGGAGGCCCGGGCAGCUGCGGUGGAGGCCCGGGCAGCUGCGGUGGAGGCCCGGGCAGCUGCGGUGGAGGCCCGGGCAGCUGCGGUGGAGGCCCGGGCAGCUGCGGCAGCAACCAGGUUAGCUCUGGUGGUUUCCAGGCCAACUGUGGAGGUAUCCAGGUUAACUCUGGUGGUAGCAAUGGUGGAGGCCUGGACUGACCUGCUGAUCGUGUCCGUGAUGCUGGGGGUCUGCUCCAUCCUGGGGCUGCCGUGGUUCGUGGCUGCGACCGUGCUCUCCAUCUCCCACGUCAACAGCCUCAAAGUGGAGUCCGAGUGCUCGGCUCCGGGGGAACAGCCCAAGUUCCUGGGGAUCCGAGAACAACGCGUCACCGGAUUCAUGAUCUUUAUGUUGAUGGGCUGCUCCGUGUUCAUGACGUCAGUCCUGAAGUUCAUUCCGAUGCCGGUGCUGUACGGAGUCUUUCUCUACAUGGGCGUCUCUUCCCUCAAAGGAAUCCAAUUUUUCGACAGGAUCAAGUUGUUCGGGAUGCCAGCCAAGCAUCAGCCGGACCUGAUUUAUCUACGCUACGUCCCGCUGUGGAAAGUGCACGUCUUCACUCUGGUCCAACUGAGCUGUCUGGUUCUACUGUGGGUCAUCAAGGCGUCUGCAGCAGCCGUGGUCUUCCCCAUGAUGGUUCUGGCGCUGGUGUUUGUGCGGAAACUCCUCGACUUCUUCUUUACAAAGAGAGAGCUGAGCUGGUUGGACGACCUGAUACCGGAGAGCAAGAAGAAGAAGGAGGACGACAAGAAGAAGAAAGCCCAAGAAAAACUGGUGUUAGCCGGAGAUGAAGACAGAGCUCUGAAAAUGGCCUUUGAAGCGUCAAACCGACUGGCCCUCCCGGUGAAGACGCUGACGGGAAAAUCCUACAGAAUAGGAGUAGUGACGCAGGAGCCGGAGGAGGAGCCUGAGCCAGGAGAAAGUGGCCUGUGUUAG